AUGGAACUUCACCGUAUUCCAGACACGGUGCUCGACAUUAUCGUCGGAAACAUCGUCUUCAUCUCACCAGCGAGUGUCCCUGCACUUCUCUCAUCGUCCGCACGAAUUCGAUGCUCCACUUUGCGCGCGCUCUUCAGCACGGUGACCAUUCCGGAUGAUACGCGUCACACAUUAUCCCCGGAGGACGACGCGUACAUUCCUCUCGGUGAUAAACAUGCUAGAGCGUUCCUUGCAGAGCCUGAGAUAUAUGGCGCAUAUAUCAAGACUUUGAAGAUCACCGACCCUGUCAUCCUCCACAACGAGAAUUGCUCUAACAAUAACCUCUUCCUCUUCACAGGAGGGACAAGAAAAGAACCCACCGGUCUGCUGACUCCAGUCCCAAUCUCUACGCAUACUAUAGACCUGUGGCUGCGAUGUAUACCUAGCCUUCAGAACUUCAUCUGGUGCUCCACAAGCCUUCCCCCAGAUGGCAUCUGCGAAACCCUCGGGCUUCAUAGCAAAAUGCUCCGCUGCUUCGCUUAUGAACCUGCUUCAUCCCUUCUGGUUACUCCUGUUGAGAAGGGCGUCGGAUGCAGUGUCACUCCUUCAUCUCUAUCAACUUCCCCAAUUACGAACCAUAUCUGUAUCUCGACUUUCACAAAGUGGUACACGAGCGUUAUCACACUUAUUACGAUUAUGCUCCGCGUCAGAGUCAUUGACGUUGUCUGGUUUGACGAAGAGCUAUGCGAUGCUAUUGCAGGACUCGAACGACUCACGUCUCUCACAAUCGGAACUUCUGGAACAACCCUGAGGGAUCGAGGUCUACAGAGACUUAUCGGCGGCUGCCGUUCUCUACAGCACCUUUCUCUGCGAGAUGUCGAAGGUCGUAUCUCAAGAUCGUUCUGGUCAUCCGUAAUCCUCCCUCCAUCACUGCGAUCGUUCGUCAUAUCCAUGUCUGAAUCCGGGCCACAUCAUUCGUGGACUGCUGAUCAUCUUUAUUCUCUCGCGAACCUCUCUCUAUCUCACCUUGAAAGUAUUCGUAUCAAGCGCGUUCUCAAUCCCAUAAUCGAUCUUGGUUUCGAUGCACCCGUUGAUGACGUUGGUCGUUGGCCUGGGACUCUUAUACCCAGCGAACUUGCCGAGUCGCUCAAAGGUAAAAUCCGAGUGUUAGACUGUGACUGGUGGCUCUGGAGCCUUGGCGAUCUGCGAACUGUGCUCGACCGCUGCCCCGAUAUGGAAGUGAUUAGGAUUGGACUCGAUGUGCCCUUCACGAAGAUAUUCAGCCUUACCUCUUGCUUGUCUGCUCUGCGAAAUCUGCGCGCGAUCUCUCUCUGUGUCCCUGCUGAGCAUGCACCUCAGAGCCCAAUCCCCAAAGAUGUGCCAAUCUGGUGUCCUCCUUCUCCGGUCACGCCAGUGAUUCCCCAUCUGCCACCUACACCCUUGUCUUCUCCCGUUAAGCGGGCUACAUAUGCCACAUAUCGCGUUUCUGAGUCACCUACACCGCCUAUGGAGACGGCUUGUACAGGAAUGACCGAUCCCGCUCUUCCUUCAUUACGAGAUAUCAAAAAACUUGCGAAGAAGUGUCAGAAACUGGAAAUACUUGGCGAGUCACGUGGUACCUGGACGAUCGACAGAGAGCCACUUUUUAAAGUCAACUUUCUGGAGCCAACCGAGCCUGACCAUGUGAUCUCGAAUCGGAUCCGAUGGGAGCAAUCAGUUGCAGCGGCAGGUCCGAAGCCAGAGCUUCGGGAUAAUCACUCAUGGAUCGAGAGCGACUGGCACCGGGAAGAGAUAGAGAAAGAGCGAACGCGCAGGUUUGAGAAGCAGCAAGAAGUCGAGCGAGAGAAACAGCGUCAGCUGGAAAAGGAGGAGAGGAAGCGCGAGCUGGAGAAGCUGAAGAGCCCCUCUGUGCCCAUUUCGCCCGCGCUGCCCGUAUCUCCUACUUCGGCGAUUGCUCCGACCGAAGACGCUCACCCGUUUCCUUUGCCGGCGGCAACACGGUUGUCAAAACAGAAACCUAUCCAGCCGAUUAAAGAAGCUACGAACCACGGACCUGCGAUACCGAGCACCUCAAGGACCCGGACAUCAGCAUCCGCCAGCAAUGUGAAACGUGGUGGUGGUAGAGGCCGUGGAUCAGGAUGGUCGCACAGUGCCCGUGCUGAAAAGCCGAGUGCUGAAGCACCUUCGGGCCGUGCUCGUCGCUCUUCGGCCGGAGCGAGUCGUGGAGGUGGACGAGGCAGAGGAAGGUCUAUAACUAGAGCCACCGCAGUCCGAGUUGGGCUUGUCCUUUGA